AUGGAUGAUUCACAGGCCGCCGACGUGGCUGUCGGGACGUCCCAGCAAGCGAUGAUGGAUGAUUCACACGCUGCUGACAUGACGUUUCUCGCUGGCCGCAUGCAUGAGCUCAUCACUGCCACACCGCCGCGGCUUGUGCAACCCAUCUUCAACACACUCUUCUCCAACGCCGAUCAAGUAUACGAGGCCCUGAUGACGACCAAUGUGUCAGUGGCACCCGGCCUGCUCGCCCUCCUCCGUCAAGCGCAGAUGCCAGACCUCCUCUCAUUUUUCUGCAACGGCCUUCCCGGCACACAGCGCCCGGACUCGAAGAAAUUGAGCGCAAUCUACCUCCAUGUUUUGCAGCAUGAUGAACACCAGCCAUUUGUCUACAUUGGUUCCGCAACAAGUGACUACGAAAGGUUGCGAAACCUUCCCCGGAGAGUCGGCAAGCUGGUCAAGCUCGGAUACAAGAUCAGCCACAGCCGCCUGCUCGCCUGGGCCCCAAUGCCAUCGCCCCAGGAGUUGCCAGAGACUCGCGCCACUUUCAUUGUUAUGGAGGCAUUCUUCACAUUUGCAUUUGGGACAUGCGCUUUUGCCUCUGAGAAGUACAAACUGCAGGACUUCUUCAUUUGGCUGGUCGAAAACCGGCCCUACGGGCCAGCCAACCUGAGGACGCCUCUGGUGGAGGGUCGAGACGAACCGUUUCACCUCACCUAUCGGCAGCGCACCAGAUUGGCCGCCAAAAUGAAGAGGCACAAAGCCCGCCGUGUCGCCCGCAGCGACCUUCACUCCCGUCGCAGGGCAAUGAAAGAGCGUCGAUUCUUCUGCAUGGUGUGCUGGCACCGGUUUUCAACCAAGGCCGACCUUGACAGGCACUACCGGACCGGCAAGCAUCGAGUUCGUGUGCAGGGCAAGGAAAAAGGCCCAAAGGUUUUCCUGUGUGAUGUCUGCUAUGAUCCUGCAUGGUAUGCAGAUGUCCGCUAUAUCCGAAAGAGAUUCCUCGAAACACACUCUUUGAGCCGUGAGCACCAGGGUUGGCUGCGAUGCGAGGCGGGAGAGGACAUUCAUCCUUGCACGAAAUGCGGCACCAACCAUAUCAACGAUCCUGCGAGGGAAAAUCAUGAGCGCAUCUGCCCCCUCAAUUGGGGUCUCAAGAAGAGGGUUUAUGGGGAACCAGGAUACGUUCCGGGGCCGCACCAUUGCCAUGAUUGCCACAUUGACUAUAGCAGUAACAAUGCUCUGACCCAGCAUUUCAAGUGCAAAGCACACAAGGCAGCCAUCGCCCGUUCCGGCGGUGCCCUCUCUGCUGGUGCCCUCUCUGCUGGUGCCCUCGCCGAUGCCCCCAUUGGCUCUGGAGAAGAUGGAUACCCCCGGAACUACUGCCGCUUGUGUCAAAAGCAGUUCAGCUUUUCCCAUCUCAUCAGAGAUCACCUGGCAUGCAGGGCGCACAUGGUGCAACAGGCGAAAUACGAAGGAUAG